UUCAAGAUCGGUCAUAUAGAAAUAUAACAGUUUUGAAAUAUCCAACAAAAGUUGACAUGUUACGUGUACAAUAAUAUCAAGUGAAUGAAAUUAUUGUUACAACAGAUUUUCUUAUGGGAUUGAAAGAGUUUUUUUGAACGUUAUAAGCGUCGUAAAAGCGGUGUCUUAAGCGUGUAGAUUACACGAAUACUGAUUCAAGUGAUUUUCAGAAAUUUCUAUUGUUUUCUAAGCGAAACAACAUUCGUGGAACUGAAAAAUGUUAUUGUGAUAUAGAGAAUAAAAUGGUUUGAUUCGAAUGAAUAUUUAUGAGGUUAAUUACCCGAGCGAUUGAUAUAGUAGCAAUAUUACUUGGUUAGGUUGAUUGACUAAGUAGGCAUACCUAUGAUAUCCGAUCAACAUUCCACGUGUUCCUCUCGGUGGUUCACGUUAAAACGUGACAUUGGAUCAAGUUUAUAAACAGCACAUUGUUUUAAUCCAUAAUGGCGACAAGUGAUUUUGAUGUGGAGCUCUUUGAGCGAAGACUUCAUACAUUGAAGGAUUCACAGGAGUCAAUACAAGGUCUUUCAGCUUGGUGCUUAGAAAGGAGACAACAUCAUAAGAAAAUUGUAGCUACCUGGUUACAGGUUUUAAAGAAGGUAAAAGUUGAGCACCGGCUUACGCUAUUUUAUCUGGCAAAUGAUGUUAUUCAAUACUCUAAGAGAAAAAAUUUUGAAUUUGUGGAAUCAUGGGGCACUACUUUACAACGAGCAACAACUAUGGUUAGAGAUGAAAAAGUGAAACAUCGUAUAUUAAGGAUUUUCAAAAUUUGGGAUCAAAGACAAGUAUACGAUGAAGAAUUUCUCGCAGAUUUGUCAGGAUUAAUUUCAGCAGCACCAAAAAAGAAAUUAGAACCUCAGCCAACAGUACCACCUGAAGAAUUUCAAGCUGCCUUACUUAUCUCUACUAUGAGAUCAUGUGCUACAUUAGAACAAGCAACUGAUGCCCGAUUAAGAGAUUUACGUGAAAGUAAUAUAGACAUAGAAAAUGCAGAAGAAUUAUGUGCUUCUCUAAAAGAUAGAAGAAGGGUUGAAGAUGCAGAAAAGGAAGUAGAUCUAGCAGUUAGAAAUGUUGAAAAUUAUGUUCGUGCAUUAGAAGCAGAAAUUAGAGAAAGAACCCAAGUACUUGAACUAUUAGAACAAGCUGAUCAAUUUUAUGAAACUCAAAGAGGUGAAGUGAAAAUAGUUACUAAUGCAUACAGAAAUUUUGGUAGUCGCGUAAAAAAUUUGAAGAAAAAAUUGGAUGAACUUUUACCAACAUUAGUUUCACCAAUUCCAUCACCAGACAUAAAUGCUCCAUCUCCAAGUCCUGAUAGCGAUAUUGAACUUCCAGGAGAAGAAACUCAAUCUCAAAAUCAAUUAGGAAUGAUAGAUGUAGCACCACCAUCUAUGUAUGGUUCAUAUUCACAUGACUAUGAUCCAGUGCCUGUACCAGCUCCAGAAAUGGGUCAAGUCAAUGAUUCUGGUGAUUUUACUAAUAAUUUUUCAUCUUUUAUGGGAGGAAAUGUGGAUUUUGGUAAUAUGAGAAAUAUAUUUAAUGAAAGAUCAUCAACACCUACUGGAAUAUCACAGCAGUAUAACGACUCAAUAGAGGCUAAACCAAUAGAGGUAAUCAACAUGAGACCCUCCAAAAAUGAAAGUAAUAACGCGGAUUUUAAUAUCUCUAGUUUUUUAAAAACUGUUCUUCCUUCUUCUGAUGGAACACAAGAUCCUGGUGGUAUUCCAGGUCUUGGUUUAGAUAUUCCAGAAUCACGAGUAGAGUCACCACAGCGUUCGAAUUAUAGACAUUCACCUGUGUUAGGGCAGCAUUCUGUAACUCCUGUGAUGUCAAGAAUUAUGGGUAAUCAGAAUGCACCUAUAGGCGUAAAUACUUGUCCAAUAACUCAUAGUACUCCAUUACCUGUUCGGAAUUUAUCAGGCGAAUCGCAUACUCCUUCACCAUACUCCAGUCAAAACAGUCAAAGUAACAUUACUGUACCUUUUGAUGGUCCUACUAAUAAUAAUACUGUUAAUCCUUUACCACCUCCACCGUUACCUCCGCCUAUUUUUCUUGACGAUGAAAAUUGUUAUAAUAAAUUACCACCAAAAUUUCCUACAUGGACACCUCCAAAUGAAACUAUAAAGGAACCAGCCAAAUGGGAAGAAAAGGGAAAAAAUAGCAUGAAUCCAACUUGGCCUGGUGAAUGUGAUGAAAAAACGAAAACAUGGAUGGAUGGUGAUACGGAUAGAUGGGACUCUAAUAAUGAAUCUACAUGGACUAAUAUUGUGAGAGGAAAGAACGAAAUUCUAUCCGAAACACCAGAAUCGCCACCCAUGUAUGAAAAGGCGGGAUUUACAGAUCCAGUUGAAUAUGAUGAUUCUCAACCGCAAGAAUCUCUUUUGAGUACUGCUGGAGAUGUAGAUCAUAGGGUAAUACCAAUUCCAAUGACAGUGGAAAAUCAAUUACCAUAUCGUUUAAUGAAAGCAGCGGAUGUUGACCAUCGUAAUUUAAUUAGCUUAACAGGAAGUCCAGCAAAUCAUAAUGUUAACGAUACUUCUAUGAAUGUGAUAUCGAAUAGCAACAACUUGUGGUCUACCAGCGAUCAGGAUUACCGGCAACACAUGCAACCGGGCGAUAUCGUGGAAAGUGUUGACAUGGAAAUGUCGGAUGAUGAAACUGACAGUAAGCCAAAAGGAAGGGUAUUGGUUGACGUGCGAUCGCAAGAUAGGGACAUGAGAGUCGGUAAUCCAUCAGCAUCUUCGCAACACAUGGAUAUGGAUAUGCGAAUGAUUCCGCUUCCCGCAGGCCAAAUGCCAGGAUCGCAUGGACAAAUUAUGCAAGAUGUACAUAUGAUGCAUUCAGGACCUCCACCACCUCCACCUCCACCGCCACAAUUUCAUCCAGGUCAACCAUCUUUUCAUCAAGAUCAAACAGAUUUUCGACAUAAUACCGCGGCAGAAUUCCAUCCGGCUCAAACAAAUUUCCAUCAGAAUAGACCACCGCCAAAUUUCAUUCAAAAUCAGCCAGAUUUUGGUCAACAAGAAUUUCAUCAAAUGCAACCAGAAUUUCCAAAACAAGAAUUUGAAUAUCGUGAGAAUCAUGCUUUACGACCUAAUCAAGAAUUUCUUGGCGAACCACAAAUGCGUGGGAGGUACUCUCAACCAGUCGAUCAUCAACAUCGAGAUAUUGGUUUUCAUCGGAAUGACCGAGGAGGUCGUGGUGGCCGUGGAUUUGCGAGAAAUCGACGGGAUAGAUACUCGGAUGACCAUAAACCGAGAAACAUUCAGAACAAUCGUAAAUCUAGAACCCAAGAACAUCAAAGAUCUUCGCCAGAAAUUUUACCCAAUAGUAGACCUCUGUUAGUACCAGCACCCGAUACAGUUGUCAUAAUCGACGAAGAGGGUAUGCCUAUAGGAUUACCUAAUGAGAAGGAAAUAGCAGCAAAUGUAGAACAUCCUGUGGAUACGGAACAAGAAGAAAAUUGUCAAGAUCGUAGAUUGUCACAUGGCACGCCAAAUUCACGGGAUCUUGACCAGCAAUCCAUUUAUUCAAGUGGUUCAAAUCUUGUUCAUGAACAUGAAUCUGAGCCACCGGUUGCUGAGUCGGACGAGCAACAAUCAACAAUGAACCAAGUGACUGUUGUACCCGUAAUAACGGAUUCUAAAGACUCGCAGCAUAAUCAAUACGUGUCUAUUUCUGAAUAUGAGGAACACGUUGAAUCAGAAGCUAUGAUAUCGGAGAAAACUUGCGAGAGUAGCGGAUCGAUUGAAAAUGCCGAACAAGAUAUUAACUUCGAUCAAUCACAACAGCAACAACAACAACAUAUAUCGGAUCAAUUGGACGAUCUUGGAAACUCAAUGCCAAGUAACGAAUUGAAGAGACCGUCGACAAAUGGCAACUUUGAUGACAAUGAUGUUAGCUCUAGUAAGAAGAGACUUUUAUCUAAUGGUCCUCAGACUCCAACCGAGACUGAUGCAGGUUUGAACGGGCCUAUACCGCAAGUAUCGGCGGAGUCACAUCCGGGGAUAUACGAUUUUGAAGGGCCGAAUUUUCGACCACGUCUUAGUGGUCCUGUUCCAUUUCCUCCAUGGAGAGGGGGUCUACCAAGGGGUAGAGGCUUCAGAGGUGGUCCCAGAGCUCCUUGGAUGGAUAGAGGUCCUCGUGGCCCUGUAAUUGGUAAUUUUAUGCCCAGAGGAUUGAAACGCGGUGGACAAUUUAGGGGAAAUGGUUUCAGAGGUCGGGGACGUGGUAAUAAUUGGUAGAAAGUGCAUGAAUUUUCGAAUUUAUUAUUUGCUUGAAGGAAAGAGGAGAAGAAAUGAAAAUGAAAAAAAAAAAAAAAAAAAAAAAAAAAAAAAAAAAAAAACUUUCGCUGCAAUUUUUACCAAGAAAAAAAUUUGCACCGCUUUUGACAACAUAACGAGAAGAAAACAACUGUUUUUUCUAUUCUGUACAUAUACUUGUUAAAAAUAUUAUUAAAUGAAGGAAGAAGACUCAUCGUCGGAACGAUGAUCACGUAGGACUGGGACAUUAUCUUUGCGUGCGUCUCUUAACAUGUAGAUGGGAAAAUGGGGGCAAAGACGGUAUAAUCCCAGACGACGUAAUCUUCUUUGUUGAAGAUUCACGCUUCUGUGUGAUUAAUUCGCCUAUAUACAUAUAUAAAUAAAAAUAUAGAUAUAUAGAUAUAUGAAGAAUGUACACGUACACAUUUAAUGCGUUUAUUCUCUCUCUCUCUCUCUCUCUCUCUCUCUCUCUCUCUCUCUCUCUCUCUCUCUCUGUCUUUGUCUCUGUCUCUGUCUCUGUCUCUAUCGCUAUUUUCUCUUCGAAAAACUUCAUUCGAUUUUCACAUACAUGUACACACAUUUGUUAAAAAUUUAGAUGUAUUAUUGAAGCGGUACUUUUGACGCCUUUAAUACAACGUUAUCAUGAACAUUUCCAAUCAGUGAUGAUAUAAAUAUCGAUUUAUAUAUCAUAAAAAAAUGAUUAUAAUAAUGUAUUGAUUAUAAUGGUGUCGAUAGAUUGUCGCUUCCGUAAUAAUCGGUAUUAUCUUUUAGGAUUUUAUGUAAGACAAAAGAAAUUUCUGUUUUACUAAAAAAAAAAAAAAAAAAAAAAAAAAAAAAGAAAAAAAAAAGAAACUUCUGUAUGUGUUAUUACAAGUACAAGCAUAAAAAAGAAAAAAAUAAUCUCCGUCAGGUGGGUUGACCUGUGAAAAUGAUUUCGUAAUUUGAAGUUGAUUCUUGGUCCCUAUAAAUCAAUACAGGAAUCAGAAUCAAAGGUGCAGCUUGUUUAAAACAAGAAAGGAAAAAAGAGAAAGAGAACUCUUUUUUUUUUUUUUUUUUUUUUUUUUUUUUAAUUCGUUUCACGGGUCGCUUCUUUUUAUUCACUCGCCUCUUACCAUAUAAAAAUAAACAUUAAUUGCCUGUUUUCUUUAUCCACCUGUCUACGCUUCUUAUUAGUUCGAGGCUCGUUUAUAAACAGGCAUAUGUCAAUGAAUCUUGAAAGUGUAUUAAUAAAAAUACAAUGUUUAUGUUCUGGUCCACUUCGUACAUUUCCCCCAUUUUUUUCUAAAAAUGUAUGCGUAACGUAAUAUGUCUCAUAUACGCGGUUAUUAUUUCAUUUUUAUAGAGAAAAGAAAAGAGACAAAAAUAUUAAAAAAUGAGGAAAAACUGUAAAGAUUAUUAUGUAUUAAGCGAAAUCGCGAAAUCGAAUAGAAGAACAGGUCAAUAAUGAAUACCUGUCCCCGAUGUACGAUUCGUAUUUUGUUUUUGUUUUUUCCAUUGCGAAGGAACAAAGACUAUUGUACGGGAAAAAAAAAAAAAAAAAAAAAAAGAAAUUUAACAAAUGAAUUUUGUUAAUAAUGAUUCGUUUGCUUGAUCAACCUGUUUUCUUUUUCCGUUUCGUUUCGUGUCUUUUUCCCUCCACUUCGUCGAAUAUUUUCAUACAUUUCAGCUUGUGAUUUGAAAAAAGAAUAGAAAUGAUAAAAAUAUCGAUGGAAUAUUUUUUACAAAAAAUUGUAAAGCUAUAUUCUUGUGUAUAUGUAUAUGUGUGUAUAUGUGUGUGUUUACACAAUAUAUACAUGUAAUUAUGAAUAUACGCGACUCGAUCGACAGCAAUUCCUUUAUCUAAUUAUAAGUUUAAGCGUUUAAAUUUAAUUUUGUGUAAAUUUUGAAUAUCGAUAUCAUUUUGUACGAAUCUCGUAAUGGAAGAGAAGUUGGAGGAAUUUUUGUAACAAAUAGUAAUGUUUUUUUUUUUUUUUUUUCUUUAAAAUUCGGUUGACAAUGAAAGCAAACGCAUCAUUAGA